AUGCAUUGUAUUGAAGCACCUUUUUCUGGAAUGAGAAGAGUAUUAAAGAUUGAAUUAGAGUGGGCCCAAUCCAUGGAAGAGGAGCCAAUGAGCAAUGCGCACAAACCCAUCCCAUUGUGUCUUUUGGAGACACUUCGAGAAAACACUCAGUAA